AUGGGGAUUUGGGGGAUGGGAGGCACUGGUAAAACAACUAUUGCACAAGAAGUAUUUCGCCGAAACAAGAAUAAAUUUGAUGGUCAUUGCUUUGUGGAAAAUGUUAGGGAAACAAUGACAAAGCAAUCAUCAAAAUCAGUACGAGACAAAAUCAUUUGUCAAUUAUUAAGGGACAAAAAUUUACAUAUAGACACAUCGGAUUUGGAUGUUUUUACUAGGAGAAGGCUCCAGAGUAUUAAAAUAUUCAUUGCUUUUGAUGAUGUAGAUGAUUUUAACCAUUUAAAAAAUUUAGCAGGAGAGCGUGAUUUGUAUUGUGAGGGAAGUAGAAUCAUUGUAACUAGUAGAUAUCGGCAAGUACUUGAAUAUGUUUGUUCAAAGGAUGGCAUAUAUGAGGUUGAGAAUUUAAUUCAUUCUCAAGGUUUGGAACUCUUUAGCUUGCAUGCCUUCAAGCAAAAUCUUCCCAAGGAAAGAUAUAUGGAGCUAUCAGAGAAGGCAAUAACCUAUGCUGGAUUCAAUCCAUUAGCUCUUAAAGUUUUGGGAUCUCAUUUAUUUAAUAUGGGGAUAGAAGAAUGGAAAAGUGAAUUGAAAAAAUUAAAAGGCGAAUCUCUUGAGAAAAUUCAAGAUGUUUUGAAAACAAGUAAUGAUGAGCUUGGAAAGAUUGAAAAGAAAAUAUUUCUUGAUGUUGCAUGUUUCUUCAAAGGGCAAAAUAAAGAUGAGGUUGAGAGAACAUUAGAAGUAUUUGGUUUCUAUCCAAAAAGUGGAAUACCUCGCCUAAUUAAUAAAUCUCUCAUAACUGUUUCGUCACUCAAUGAGAUUCAUAUGCAUGACUUGCUGGAGCAAAUGGGUAAGGAUAUUGUUAUUAAGGAAUGCAAACAGCCUGGAGAACGUAGCAGGUUGUGGAAUUAUGAAGAUAUUAGUCACAUAUUGACAACAGAAAUGUUUGAAGCUAAGUGCCAUGGCCUUUAUGAAGAUGUGCAAUCUUAG